CUAGGAAACAAAAUGGCGUCAAAACACUAAAUAAGUUGCCAAUGGAAGUAACUGAUAUUUUUUAAUUCGACUUUGAACAAUGUCAGUAAGGGAAGUAGAUAGUGCACGCACUUUUGAUCUUAGUUUGUACACAUCAUUGACGGCAAGUCGAGCGAAGGAUUUCGAGCUUGGCGAAGGAGAUAUCAGUGCAAAAAGUGAAGACCUUAAUCCACCGUUGCCAUCGCAUUUUGUCAGUUUCUCCUUGCCACCGUUGCAGGAGGCUGCUGAAAGAGGUGAUUCAGAUACUGUAUCCCGACUGCUUUUAGAUAAAAAUAUUAAUGUGAACGAGAAAGCUGGAGGCCAUCGAGCUCAGAGGACCGCUUUGCAUCGCUCCGCCGGGUAUGGGCAUUUGACGGUUGUUAGACAGCUUCUUAAGGUAAGUUGGAAUGAUAAAUGGAGCGGUACUGGAUUGACAGACCUCACGAGUAGUUUCAGCUGGGAUGUUGAACAUCCUUUAAAAGUAAUACGUUGUCCUAAGAUAUUCGAAUUUGAGAAAGACGUUUUUCGUCUUGUCACGAGUAUGGGACACGAUUCCGCGCCCCGAUGAUCCGAAGGUCUGAGGUUCGAAUCCUCGUGGGGACUUUUUCAAUACAUUCUCCCGGGCCCUUUACAAUCCUCCUUUGUGUUUUCUGUGAACUGAAAUCUUUUAAAAAUGUAGGUAAAGUUCAAUACUUCUUCAGGGGAUAUAGAUGUUGCUGAAAAACCACAUGACAAAUACUUUUAUCCGAAGUAAUCAAAUGUUUUAGGCAGGUGCAGAUCCUAUCAAAGGUAGCAAUGUGCAAAGGACCCCACUCCAUGAGGCGUGCAUUGGUGGUCACACUCUUGUGGUGAAAGAACUUCUGAAGCAUAUGACAGAUAUCAAUGUUGUUGAUUCCAAUGGACAAACAAGUGCUCAUCUGGCAGCAUAUCACGGUGAAAGUGAAUGUCUGGAAAUCUUAAUCACGAAUGGUAGUAACAUGGUGUUAGAGGAUAAACAGGGACGUACUCCAGCUCACUUGGCAGCAAUGAAAAAUCAUAGAGCUGCAUUGAGGUACUCAAUAAUAUUUAUGUAUAACUGGGCUCCAAAUGAAAUUCUCUCUCCAAAAGGACAUGUUACUGGAGUAAAGAGUUAAAGCCUGCAUGAUGUUAUCAUGCAUGCAACACAGAUCAGAGAAUUCUCCAGCUGUUGCACAGAUUUCUCUGCUAAAUUUGGUGGCGUGAACCAUUUUAUAAUUUAGAUGUAGAAAAUAUUCUCUUGUUGCUGAUCCUAGCAGUAUGUAGGAUGUGGAAAGUGGAAUCUGAAGUUCUGAGGUUUGAUUCCCAUUGGGACUCAGAAUUUUUUCUUUGUCCCACGCUUGGGAUAAGACAAAAAAUAUCUUUCUCUAUUUCUUUACUGAGCUCAAAACUUAACAUUUCUCUUACUCUAUUUACAAAAUAUUCUCUUGUUACUUAUUAUUGUACUGUUUCCUUGUUAUGACACUUUUCAGUGAAAACUGUGAUGUUGUAAAUGUAAUGUUUGUCAUUUCACUUCAGGUGUCUAAUAGAAAAUGAUGUUGAGGUAACCUGUGUUGAUGAUCAAGGACGCACACCAGCUCACUAUGCAGCAAGUGCUGGAGGCUUGGAAGCUUUGAAAACUCUUGCACACAGUGACAUUGAUGUAAAUUCUAGAGACACAGCAGGACGUGUUCCAGCACAUUAUGCUGCAGCACAUAAUAACUGCCCCUGUUUGGUAUUUCUGUUGGGUUCAGGGCUGGCAAAAAUAGAUGUUAGAGACAGAUCUGGAAAAUCUUUGCUUCAUGUGGUGAGUAUGGUGGAACUGUUGUAGAGCUCUGAGUGUUCCAACUUGCUUGUUUGAGUAUAGUUUUUUUUUUUUUUUGUUCUUGUAGUUGUUAACUUUUGAUUUUAGACACUAGUGACAAUUUCAUGAUCAAUUUUAGGCUGCACAAAAUGGUGCUACAGAAUGUGUUCACUGGCUCCUGGAACACAGAAUUAAUCCCAACAUCAGAGAUGGUAAAGUUUUUUUCUUUCGCUAGAAGUUUAUUACUGCCCCACACCUAAACACAUCUUUGCUAUUAUGUGAUUGUAAUGAAACAGGUUCUGUCAUACUAAAGAGAGAUGAUGUUAGUGAGCAAUCUAAAAAUGAUCCCUCUUAAAGUUCCCAUCACUGCUUUCAUCAGUAUUACAGAAAAGACCUGAAACUCUACAAACUGCCAUGUUUACAUACAUGUACAUGUUGUAUAUAGAUGCAUUAAGAGGAAAGACUUCUACAUGAAUUAAUUAAUCUUGACAUGAGACAAUUCAAUACAAUUUUUUAUGGAUCGAGAAUGUAAUACCCACCAUGUUGGCUUUCAGGUUCUGGAGCAACACCAGCCCAUUUAGCCGCAUUAGGAGCUCACUUACAGAGCGUGAGCUGCCUCAUUAAACAUGGUGCAGACAUGAAUGCACAGGAUGGCAGUGGUGAUGUACCACUUGAUUAUGCCAAGAGGACUGGAAAUCCUAAUUCAUUUCUUAGAGCAGGUAGAUAUUGAGUUGUAAAAUAGCAAUGAAUGGGAAAUGAAAUGAAGGCAAGGGAGACUUGAAAAGCAGAGAAAAGAGAGGAAAGGGAAGGGACUUCCUCUUUCACAUUUCCAUCUCAACAGAAUGCUCUUCAGUAUAUAUCUGUAACUGUUCCAAAGGCUGAAAGUGCCCGUAGUAAUGACCUUUUACCUUUCUUCUAUUGUUUUCAUUACCUUGUCAUGCAAUAAACAUUAAAAGUUAAAGCAAGCUUAAUAUAAAAUUAACCUUCAACAUAACUUAACAUGUUGCAAACAAAACCUUACAAACUUCUCUAUGCCAGUUUCAGGCUUAUUUUUGGCUUUUUUAUUUUUUACUAGUUACUAAUAUCUAUUCACAUAUUUACAGUGAAUGGAGAAACUCCUUGUAAGUUUUGCACUUCCAAGCAGAAGAAAAUUGAGUAUGAUUUGGCACACCAGCCAACAUCAGUGGAAAGAAAUAUUAUUAAACAAGAGUCAGAAAUAUUUGUCUCGCCAGAGGGAUCUGAGGAAAGGUACAGAUAUAUUUAUAGAAUAUUGUGGGGACUAAAUAUCAAGAGCAGAGGGGUUGUGCUGUACAUAUAAAUAAACAAUCACUGUGUUCAAGUAUUUUCCUCUUAUUUCAUAGGGUUACAACUCCACAUUAAUCUUACAUUUGUUAAGCUGUUUUUUAUUACUGGGUUGUAGUUAAAUUCAACGAAAAUUGACUCCUGUACUGUUUUGGAAAAAUGUAGGGGUGGCAUAGCAAGAAUUAAAUUAGUGCAAGGUUUGGCUGAAAAGCAACUGGCCUUAGUAGGAGCUUCUGUGGGGUCUACUGGUAAAAUCAUAUAAGUAAUGUGUGAAUAAAGACUCAGAAUUGUACAUUUUUGGAUGGACUAUUCUUCUUCAUUGUCCUCCAAUUGUUUUGGAAAAUGCAGGAAGAGUCACUUUAAAUAAUUUCAGGGUUCAUUAUAAAGACAUAUUAUUUAUUAUGAAUAUUCUGGUGAACUCUGUUCAAACACACUGAAUUGAACUACAAGACACAACUAAUAAACCCCCCAACUUGAAGCAUCCACACCCAGAGAAACAUCAGUAUGCAUAUUCUCCAUACAGUCAUCCAUACAUUUCUUAAAGUGCUAACAAGUAGAAUUUGAAAUUAAGAGAUCCUCGCAGCUAAGAACACUACUGAAACAAGUAGUUGUAAAUAGGACCUGAAAAAAAUUCAGGCCCGUACGGGAUUUGAACCCAUGACCUCUGCGAUACCGGUGCAGCGCUCUACCAAAAUUGAGCUAACAAGCCAACUGGGAGCUGGUCAAUGAAUUGGGUCCAAAUAAACAUCCAAGUGAAUGAAGAUUUUGGAUAUAUGAAAAUUCAUAUAUUUGCACUGCGGUGGAGAGAUGAAAUUAAGAGAUCCUCGCAGCUAAGAAAGCAGCUAAGCUGUUUAAAAGUCAAGAGCUUCUCUUGUUGGUGAUUGUUGCCUUUAUUCUCAUGACCUUAAUGACUGAUUCAGGGGUGAUAUUGUAAGGAGAAGUUAGAUGUUAGUCACUCAUAGGGGUCAAAAGGUUGAUCAUAUUUUUAUAUUCUUGUGACUUCAGGGUCCAUCAAGUGUGUUCAUCUCAUUCUUCAAAACGACCUUUGUCCAAAUCAAGGGGAAUUCAACAAACCCUUCCAAAACGAGACCUGGCAACCAAAUACUUUGGAGAACAUUUGUUCUCUCUUCCAGCUAGCAUUACUGGCUCAGAUUCAGCUUUGAGUACAAGCAAAACUCAGGCAGCUCACAGGAAAAGAUAA